AUGUCCUCUAACCUCUUAGACUGGAAGUCCCCUGCAUUCAACAGAUCUCCUACACUUAGUGGCAUUGAAGAGUGCAAGGUUCUACUUCCUUGCCCUGAACAUCUCAAUUCAUUUGCUGGACAUGACUGUCGCUGGAACUCUGCGCUCUUAUCUUUGGUUACGCACGGAUUCCACAGUGAUGAUGGGCAUCUAGAGCAGACAAACAGCUUUCAUGCACUGACUAGCCAACACUAUCUCACCGGGUUGACGGGUGGUUCAACAAUUGUCCUGCAUCAUCCUGGCACUACAUCUCCAGGCUUGGAUGUCUCUCCUGAAAACCUCAAGGCUGAAGUUUAUGUCAAUCCCAAAGUGCUCUUGGACCAUCACAAGCUUCACUCGGUCAUCACUCAAAUUUCUCAACUCUUUAUCGGUGACUAUGUGACACCUUUAGCCCAAGCCUUUGCAGAAAAUCGGAUUCAGAACAAUUGGAACAGCAGCGACUCUCAAAUGCCAUUGAAAGGCAAGACAACAUCGAAAGGCAAAGGACAAGCCAAUGUCAUGCCUCUUGUUCCCUCACCCAUCUCACCAUUAUCAACACACUUCACUUUUCAUGGACAUCCUUGA